ACCAUUAGGAGUAACUAGAGCAGCACAUUCGACCACAGGAACAGUUAGAAGACCGAAAAAGAAAAAGAAUAAAAUGAUUGAAAGAGUCACAGAAGAAACCGAAGAAGUAGGAUCAGAUGAAGAUGAUGUACCAUUAGCUGCCAAACUUCCAGAAUCACAAAAACAACAAAUGAUGAUGAAUAUGUUAAUUGAACAACAAAACUCGGCAUUUGGUUAUGCUAUGCAUCAAUCUAUGUUACCUUUACCUAUUGGAAAUACACCUAUGAUGAUGAUGAAUCCGGAUGGAAGUGUAAGUUAUCAAGGUGGUUUGGUUGAAGGACCUGAUAGAAGAACAGUAGAUUCGAUUAGUAGAUGGAGACAAGAUAUUAAACCUUGAUGAAUUCAUUGAAUUGAUUUUUUUUUGUUUGAUGAUAAUGAUGAUGACGUGUUUGGUGAAUCAAACUUGAUGAUUUUCUUUAUUUUAUGUAUUUGUUUUUUUCUUUUGUCUGUCUAUCAGAUCUAUGGUUUUUUUAUAAUAGUUUGGUAAUAAUUCAUUUUUCUUUUUGCAUUUAUCAACUUUCAUUUAUCUUUUCAUAUCAAACAUAAUGUAUUGUUUUUUUCUUCUUCUUUUGGUUAAUGUAGAGAGAGAAAGAGAGAGGUAUGCAUAUUUACAAUCUAGUAAAAGGUGAGUAGAAUCUAUAGAAUGAGAAUGUGUUUUUUUUUAAUGAUGUAAAGAGUAAUUUAAUUUCAAUUUGCAUGUGUACUAUGUACUUAAA